AUGGCACCAGACCGGCAUCUCGAAAUCAUCAAUCCGUCUCACGGCGAGGGCCCCAAGGCCGCUUUUGGUUCAUUCCUGAAGCUCCCCGUUGAGCUCCAACUUGCCAUUUGGAACCUAGCGCUAAAACGAAAUCGACUUCUGGAGAUUGAGAUACGCAGCUUGGCCGACUUGGCCUCUGAAGAUGAAGAAGGCUCCCCGCCAUGCACCGCCGCUCGCAAGUCCUACGAGAUGUCCAGCUUCACGGGUUAUGGCGUCGUCAUUCGGGGCGUUCAGCUGAACAGCGUGCUGUUCUCUGUGAGCCAUGAGGUUCGGCGACUAGCGCUCGAUUUUUACCGAGUUCAUCUCCCGUGCCUGGCUCCGGCACAUAACGAAUACUCGCGGGAACCCCCGGUCCAGAAGCUGCUGUAUUUCAAUCCAGAGCAUGACUAUGUACGACCGUACUCGAACACGUACGACGCGCCGCUCGUUAUGGACUUUAUUCACGAUCUCAAAGCCCAUGACCCCCGACAUGUUGGAUUGGUCAAUAUGGGCGUGGGUUCGUUCGAUCUGGGCCACUAUCAUAUGUUGGCAGAUGAGGACGACGCACAUCGAAAGGCCGUUUUAGCCGACACUAUCUCGCAACUACGGGAGGUGAUCUGGAUGGCCGACUCUGAUUAUGGACGCGGCAUCAACGGCCCGAUGGAUGACCUUCAGGGGUUCUCCGACGUGAACGGCGUUGGUGUCCGCUUCAACCAUUCCAUGCCCAUCAAGCCACUCAACGUCGCAUUCGACCUGCUGGACAAGGACCCUCGACCAAUCGGACCCGAGCUAGAGUUUGUAGCAACAUGCUCGGGCAACCCACGGAGAUUCCACAUCCCGUGGGAAGACCUGAUGCGCAGGUGCAGAAUCAACGGACCGAAUGACAACCAACGUGAGCCGAGAACGCGAAUACUCUUUUCGUAUACCCCGUGGCCGUACGGGGAGCAAAUCGUCGACAGUGAAUCGGCAAGGCGAUUCGUCAAGAAGGAGGAGGAGAGAUGGCUGGACAUGCAACGGAGUUGGGACUCGUCGGUCACCCAGCACGCCUCCAAGGUGCCCAUUGAAGGGCCGGAAGAGCUUGCUCGGGCCACGAGACCAGCUAUAGGGUUCUGGCUGUUUCCUGCUGAAGCCCUUGGUCCAAUCGACGGUAACAUGUUGGACAUGAAGGUUGUAUUUGACUUGAGGGAGCAUUGGCCACAACUGGCAUUGUCAGAGCUUUCAUAG